ACAUUAGUACUCGUCACUCUCCUGAUGUUAUUCAUUCUGUUGAAAAUUAAAAAUUUUAUUUAAUAUUCAAAAUAAAAAAAAGUUUAAUAGUUUUUUACCAGUUCAAAAUAGUAAUAAGUUCUACACACAAUGAAUUAUAAUGCAAGCAGUGGCACCCGUAAUUCUUCCAGAGGAGGACCUAAGAAACCAAAGCGUGUGAGCGAUAUCAACGCAAUGGGCGCACCGACUGCGAUGCCUACUCCACAGUUUGCAAUGUUUGAACAAACAACGCAACCUUUAUUGACCAAUCCUGGCGUCACACCGUUAACAACUGGAGAUAACCAAUAUAUGUCAAACGCAGCGUACGAUUUUUCACACUAUAGCAACUAUACGAAUACACAACAACAGCUGAAUGUUCCGCAACAUCCACAAAAUCAACCUGGGCAAAAUCAACAAGGAACAACUGCAAUUAACCCUGGCAUGCCGACACAGUUUUCAGUUUUCCAACAACCUAUUGUGCAGGACAUGGCAUUGCAAUAUGGGCAGAAGCUCGCCGACCAAGGCAAAGAUCUGGUUAACACGCAAUUUGAAAAGUACAUACCUGUGACGAAACUUAAAUACUAUUUUGCGGUAGACAACAAAUACGUUAUCAGCAAAUUAAAGUUAAUUUUUUUUCCAUUUUCUCAACGGGAUUGGUCUUUGAAAUAUGAUCACGACAAUCCGGUUCAACCACGAUACGAUAUAAACGCUCCUGAUUUGUACAUCCCGACUAUGGCGUAUAUCACCUACGUUGUUUUAGCCGGAAUGGUGCUUGGUUUUCAGAACCGUUUUUCGCCGGAACAACUUGGUAUACAGGCCUCUAGUGCACUGGCUUACAGCAUAUUUGAGUUGGUGAUUUACAUCUUAACACUAUACCUAGCCAAUAUAUCAACAUCGAUAACGACUUUAGAUCUACUGUCGCUUAGCGGUUACAAAUAUGCGUCAAUUGUUUCGAUUUUGUUGUGCAGUAUCUUCCUAAGAAAACCCGGUUACUACAUCUCAUUGGUCUACGCUAGCACUAGUUUAACUUUUUUUCUGCUACGUACGUUAAAGGCCAAGGUAAUGUCGGAACCAACACAAUCGAAUGAACCUCCUACAUAUGACCCUUAUCGACAACAACAACAGUUCGAGCAUAAUGUGGGUCGCAAAAGAAAACUGUAUUUUCUUUUUUUGGUGUCCGGGUUACAACCAGUACUGGCGUUUUGGUUAUCCAUGCAUUUAAUACCAAAUGAUGUUACGAAUGCUUCUGCGACAAGGGUAUAGCUACUUAGGUUCUGAUAAGGGUUUUAAAAUCCAUUGAAUAAACAUCGUUUCUUUAU